CAGGAGCAGAAGCAGGAGCAGAAGCAGGAGCAGAAGCAGGAGCAGAAGCAGGAGCAGAAGCAGGAGCAGAAGCAGGAGCAGAAACAGGAGCAGAAACAGGAGCAGAAACAGGAGCAGCAGUUAAGAGGUUAGUGGGGUGAAGAUGAUGCAGUCGGAAUCUCUAUUGCACAGCGGUUACUCACACCCCCUGCUCCGUGCCUGGCAGACCUGUGGUGCCACCUUUAACGCUAACAACCUCAUCUACCCCAUCUUUGUCACUGACAAUGCUGAUGCAGUGGAGCCCAUCAUCAGUCUCCCAGGACAGGCCAGAUAUGGCGUGAAUAAACUGGAAGGGAUGCUGCGCCCCCUGGUGGACGAUGGCCUGACCUGCGUGCUGAUCUUCGGUGUUCCCGCCAAACUGAUCAAGGACGAGAGAGGAUCCGCGGCUGAUUCCGAGGACACACCAACCAUACUAGCCAUUAAAACGCUACGGAAUAAGUUCCCAGGUUUAGUGAUCGCUUGCGAUGUCUGCCUCUGCCCUUACACCUCACAUGGACACUGUGGAAUCCUCCGCGAGGAUGGGACUCUGAACAAUGAAGCCAGUUGCCAGCGGCUGUCGGAGGUGACUCUGGCCUACGCCAAGGCAGGUUGCCAUAUUGUAGCUCCUUCAGAUAUGAUGGAUGGAAGAGUCGGGGCCAUGAAACAAGCUCUCAUCUCGAAUGAUAUGGGCAACAAGGUUUCAUUAAUGAGCUACAGUGCGAAAUUUGCCUCCUGUUAUUAUGGGCCUUUUCGUGAAGCAGCACAGUCCAAGCCAGCGUUUGGAGACCGUCGCUGUUACCAGCUGCCCCCGGGGGCUCGAGGCCUGGCCAUCCGAGCAGUGGACCGGGAUGUACGUGAGGGUGCAGACAUGCUAAUGGUGAAACCUGGAAUGCCCUACCUAGACAUCGUCCGGGAUGUGAAGGCCAAAUACCCCACGCACCCAUUGGCCAUCUAUCACGUCUCGGGGGAGUUUGCAAUGCUGUGGCACGGGGCCAAAGCUGGAGCCUUCGACCUCAGGACAGCUGUGAUGGAGGCUCUGACCGGCUUCAGGAGGGCAGGCGCUGAUAUCAUCAUCACCUACUACGUGCCACAGCUGCUGAAAUGGCUGAAGGAAGUGUGAUGUUGCUUUCUUCUCUGGGGCAGACCACGGAGGUUCCCGGUGAAUAUUACACCACAUUGCAUCCUCUCACUCCCCCGGAACAUAUCCAGCAGCGGCUCAAAUAUAAUCCAAAUACCUUUUCAGCAUCUCGAUUCUUUUUAAAACCUAAGUUUUUUUUUUAGUUUAGAGGGAAAGUGUUUUCACAGAAGUAUUUGAGAUCUGGGGUGGCAGGGUGUGUAUUGUAUGUAUGUGUGUGUGUGCAUAUAUGUACACACACACACACAUAAAUAUACACACAUGUAUGUGUUCGUGUGGAAAUAUAAGUGUAUGUGUGUGAGUGUGUUUGUUUAGGAUUGUGAGAAACUAGGGAAAGGAGACAAAAAGCUCAUGGACAAUUGUUCAGUGAAGCAAUGUAUCUGUGAAAGUGUCUAUUUAUAAUCACUGCAAAUACUGACAGCAGCGGGUAUAUCAAAACUGACCAAAGUGAACUACUUGUGACUAGAUGUAGAGUGUAGUGACUGGCUGCAGACUUCACUAGACAACACACAGUGUGUGUCAGGCACAGUCAUUGCUGCUUGUUCCACUUGAAAUGUUCGCAGUCUCAAAUGAAAGGAAACUGUGAUUUUUAAUACAAUAAAGACAAAUUGUGACCUGA